AUGAAUUGCCGCGGCUCAGCGAGGUACAUACCUCGCUACGACAACCACCAGCCACCAGUCCAGGCGGAGGACGACGCCGUCGGCGAUCUUGACUUCGACAUCGUGUUCCCGCAUAGUCACAAUCAGCAGCAGCAGCAGCAGCAGCAACAACAACACCGCGGUGACCAGCCACACGUCCUUCCUCCAGCUCCAGUGACGAAUCCGGCACCGCUCGGAGGACUCGAUCCCCAAGAGUUGAGGCAAUUCGGCAUACGGGUUCCGGGCGAGGACGACCACGAUGCCGACGACGACGACGACGACGACGACACUACGGACGACGAUGAACAGCUCAUAUUCGACUUCGACCUCGAGGACGACAGCCAAAUCGAUCACUAUCACUACCGCCGCAGCCGCAGCCGCCGCCGCCGACAGCUUCUCCCAGCGCUGCCACCUCCGCGUGAAGAGUGGCUUGGGGAAGAAGCCGACCCAGAGGAGGACAUCGCCUGGCAUGGGCCACAACGCGUUGCGGAUUUGACUGGUCAAGUCGCUCGCCAGCAGCGGUACGUCGACAACGUCCGCGCGCAACUACGUUUCGGGCCGCAUGCGCCGGCGGACGGUGGGGUGGAGGGGUGGAGGAGGGAACUGCGGAGGGCAGAAGAUGCGUUGAGGGGGUUGCGAGAGACAUUGAGGGUCGCGACGGGCGUCGAACGAGGCGGCCGAAACGAGGGGGGUGCCGCAGUGCUGAGGAGGGGAGUCGGAGACGUCGUCGGCAACGCCGAGGGUGAUGGUGAUGACAAGGCUAACGGGUACAGCGGAGACGACGAAGGCCGACGACGGGCAGGGACGGAGGCCGGGCAGGAGGGACAUGGACGCAGACGACGCGGAGGCCUCGACCCGCGGCGCCGCCGUGAGAUCGAGUUGGAACUCGCGGAGCUUCGCGACAUGGAAGCGCAGCUGCAGUGGGGCGGCGCGGCGCCGGAAGAGCUGCGGCACGUGGCGGCGGAGAUGGACAUCCUGCAGAGCAUACUGGACGGACGAUACGCGGCGGCAUGGGGCAGGGACGGCGACGAGGACACUAGAAGGAGCCCCUCGCCCAGCUCGCCCUCGCCCUCCUCUCCCUCCUCCUCCCCCGCCUCCGGUUCCACCACCACCAUCACUUCGUUCUCGAGCCCCGAUCACCACCACCGCGGCCGCCGCCGCCACCGCCGCCACCAUAAACGCAACCACCACCGCACCCCACCAGCACGUCCACCUCCCGACUACCACCACCCCCUCCCGCCCCCGCACAUCCCGCACACGUCGUCCCCCACGCCCCUCCACGACGCCUGA